AUGGCCACCGACUACAGCAAAAAGACCAAUGCCGAUCUGGUCGAGAUCUUGAAGGCUCGAUCCCUCCCCCACACUGGAAAGAAGGCCGACUUGGUCGCCCGACUCCAGCAAGAUGAUGAGAAGAACUCAUCAACUCCCACUGCCAAGACCGACGCGGCAGAGGACGUGAUCGAUUGGGAUGACGAUGUUCCCGCGGAGAAGCCAUCGACUGAGGCAGGUGCCAAAGCCAUUGCUGCUGGCGGCAAGGGCCCAGUCGCCAACCCCGUUGCUGUGCCCAACCAGAAACUCGAUAUCGAUCCUGCUACCACCGAGGAGCUCAAGGUGGAAUCAACCGGCGCCGUCGCCGAGACUGGCGAGAACCCCGCAGCUGCGAUUGAAGUCGAGCAGAAGCCGGCCGUCGAUUAUACCAAGGGUCUCCCCACCACUGAUCUUGAGGCGGAGCUGGCGAAGCGCAAAGCUCGUGCUGCCAAGUUCGGCAUUGUCGAGGAUGAGGCAACUGCUGUGAAGGAGGCGGAGAAGCAGUUGGAGCGCGCAAAGCGAUUCGGCACCGGCGCUGCCGAGUCCACCGCCGCUGUUGGUGUCAAGGGUCUUGACGAAGCCCUACCGGAGAAGUCCCGCAAGAGAGGCCGUACUGAGCAGGGUGGACGUGGAGGCAAGCGACGUGACCAGGGCCGCGACCACAACCGAGGCAACCAAGGCAACGCGGGCCGCCAGGGCAACCAGAACCGAAAUGCCGGGAACAAGGGUAGAAAUGGCGGUGGAAGCAAGGCGCCGAGUGGACAGCCGAGUAGCUUCAGUGAGCAAGAUAUCGCUGCGAUGGAAGCUCGCAAAAAGCGUUUCGCAACCGCCGCAUAG